UUGCAAAUACAAUAAUUCUUUCACAAAUUGUGACAUCGAAGCUGAUACGUUGAGGAUAAACUAUUUCUUCCUACCUGUUGGUUUUUGCUGCCCACAUGAUUUCUAAUAAUUUCCGCUGCCAGACAAAUUAACAGGAAUGGCGUGUCCUCUCCACAAUCUCUUCUCCUCGGAUUCUUUUUUCUUAUGGUCACCAUCAAAUCUCAUUAAAAAUUUCUCCUUGCGUUAAACCCCUUUUGCUUGUAUCAGGAGGCAUGGCGUUUGGCCAGAGGCCAGCCAGACAGGCAAUUGAUGGACAAUGAAAUUCGAUACGGUGCGAGCAUUGGCCAUGGGAUGGGACACAAAUUAAUGGCAGGUUGCUAUCGAUCAAAACGACCGGAACCUCAAGGCCCCCUUGUCUUUGUCUGCCAUAUGACUACAUGGCCUCCAUUAUAGAACCUCUCACCAGCUCUCCCGUGGUCGUCUGCUUGCUCCAGAAGCGCCCUCAUGGAUUCCACAUCGAUGAAGAAGUCUGCCUUUCUGGUAAAAUCCAGAUUAGUCGUUGAGGGAAGGUUGAUGAAGGGCAGUUGAGACUCGAGGGAGAGACUAAAGAUUGAGGGCACACAGGAUUUUCUUGCCGUUUGUUUUUAUCUCUUGCGGAUUUAUGAUCAUGGCAGGAAUGCUCCCUGGGGUUGAAUACGCUCGCCGGAGACGCCUCCACCUCGGCGGCCCUUCGACUGAUGCGACAAGGAGAUCAUCCUUUAGCGUGUACACGACAGCACAUGAGAAAACCACGAAAAGGAGCAUCUUGAACCAAGAACUCCAUGAUGAAGCACUCGGACACAUCGCCAGGGAAGCUAAAGAGAGGUUGGAUGCCAGAUUAAAGAUCAGAAGACAUAACAGUGCUGGGAGCAUGGAGCAGAGCAAGAACGAGGGGCAGGGAGAGUUGCACGAGAUCCCUGGCAAUGUGCAGAGGGAGGUGUACUCUUCCAAGAACAGCAAGAAGAAGUUCAGCUGGAGCAAGAUGGGGUGGACGUCGCCGGAGCAGUUUGACUGCGCGGUAUGCUUGGAAGAGUACAAGACCGGGGACAUCCUCGUGCACCUGCCUUGCGCGCACAGGUUCCACUGGAACUGUGCCCAACCAUGGCUGGAGACCAGCUCUUACUGCCCUUGCUGCAGAACGACCAUAUUUGCAGAGUGGGAGCCGUCAGUGAAAUGAAUGAUGUGAUGAUUAAUGAAGAUCCAGUGUUUUAUUAGACAGAGAUAUUCACUCCUUAUCUUCUAAGUUCAAAGAAGAAUGAAGUGAUGUCUGUGAAAUGAUGAUGUGAUUACUAAGGAUGUUCUUACGAGGUGUCCAAUUGGCUGUAUCCAUGGUUAGUCGGAAUGAUCCCGCUAACUGUUACGAAUUC